AAUCAUUAGCUCUCAUGUGAUAGCUCUCGCGCAUGACGUGCCAACCAUAUGGCACUGGCAGCAGAGCUGGUACCCCCUUUGCUGGGUAGAGAUGCCACUCUCGCCUCCUUUUGGAUAGAGGACUGCAGGAGGCUGGAGCACCUCAAGGAGCCGCGUCCCGCUCCCAGAAGAUGCUGGGAACAAUGAAAUAAGAAUUCCUCCGGUCCGCCCGAAGCCACCAUGUUGACGCGACUUUUCAGCGAGCCCAGCCUGGUCCCCGAAGUCCCGAAAUUCGCCGGUUGGGCCGAGGAGUGCGAGGACGAUGCCCGCAGCGAGAAGGAAGAACGGGGCGGGGGGGGCAAAGGCUGCGCCCACCCCGAGGAACCCCCCGAGGGUUCGCUGGGGGAGAGCAAGGAGGAAGGGGAGCUAGGAGGGGACGAGGAGGAGGAGGAGGAGGAGGAGGAAGGCUUGGAGGAGGCGGAGGGCGAGCGGCCCAAGAAGCGCGGCCCCAAGAAGAGGAAGAUGACCAAGGCGCGGCUGGAGCGCUCCAAGCUGCGGCGGCAAAAGGCGAACGCGCGGGAGCGGAACCGAAUGCACGACCUGAACGCGGCCCUGGACAACCUGCGGAAGGUGGUUCCGUGUUAUUCCAAAACCCAAAAGCUGUCGAAAAUCGAAACGUUGCGUUUAGCCAAGAACUACAUCUGGGCUCUCUCCGAGAUCCUGCGCUCGGGCAAGCGGCCCGACCUGGUGUCCUACGUGCAGACUCUGUGCAAGGGGCUGUCGCAACCCACCACCAACCUGGUGGCCGGGUGCCUGCAGCUCAAUUCCCGCAAUUUCCUGACGGAGCAAGGGCAGGAAAGCGGCCGCUUCCACGGCCCCAACGCCUCCUUCGCCGUCCACCCCUACCCCUACCCCUGCUCGCGGCUGGCCGCGGGGCAGUGCCCCCCCGCAGCCCCCCCCGGGGCCCACGGGCUGAGGACACACAGCUACUGCUCCUCCGCCUACGAGAGCCUCUACGGCAACACCUCCCCCGACUACAACAGCUCGGAGUACGACGGGGGGCUUAGCCCCCCACUCUGCAUCAACGGCAACUUCUCCCUCAAGCAGGACUCUUCUUCCCCCGACCACGAGAAAAGCUACCACUACUCUAUGCACUACUCGGCGCUGCCCGGUUCCCGCCCCACCGGACACAACCUGGUCUUCGGUUCGGCGGGGAUGCGCGGGGGGGUCCACUCCGAGAACAUCUUCCCCUACGACAUGCACCUCCCGCACGAGCGGGGCCCCAUGUACGAGGAGCUCAACGCCUUCUUCCACAACUGACCCCCCCACCUUCCCCUCCCCUCCCCACCUCCAUCUUCCCGAGCCCCCUCCCCGCCCGGCCGCCCCGGCCCCGAGGUUGGCGGGGGGGCACACGCAGACCCGCGGACCGGCCCCCGGGGCUUCGCCGUGGGCUUUGGUGCAAUAUGGGGACCCGGCCCCGGCGGCGGGUCCCCGCGCCCCGUGGGGACUAAGUGCUUUUUUGGGAGGAUUUCUCCUUUUCCUGAAUUUAUUAUCACU